UUGUAAAAAUCAGAUUUUUUUCACAUUGAAAUAAUGAGCAUUGUGGAUAAUAAUGCAAAAAAUAAGAAUGAUACCAAAACCUCUUCAUACUGUAGUUUUUUUUUUUUUUUGAGAGGGGAAUUGAAACAAAACUUGCAAACUCAUGCUUGACAAAAAACAAAGUUGUAUUAAUUAUAUUGUUGGCUUUUCCAUUGUUCGCAUAUAUUCCCAAGUGUAAAAGUGUAUCUUCUGGCCUGUACUAGUUUUAAUGGUGUUUUUGGGUGUCCCAAGGUGGCGAGAGAUGAGAUUAUUAAAUUCAUAGACGGCCCAAAUUCCUCCUGAGACCCUUUACUCACCACCACACCUGGGUUUUAUUAUCGAUGUGCAUGCUAACAACUCCACUAUUUGCAUGUGAACAAACAUCUUUAGGAAGCAGCCUCGGGGGAAUCGUUGUAAUAUACCACACCGAUGUGAGAUGGAGAAAAGAUCUGAGUCUUGUCUGGUUGUACGGCGCCAUCACAACCAUGAACAAUUCCUCAAUGUGCUGCACUUACGAUACACCCACGUUGGAUCAAGUUUUACCUCCGAUUAUGUUUACGGAGUUCAUUUUGGGCCUUGUUGGGAACUUUCUCGCCCUCAUGAUGUUCUUCUGCAACAGGGACACCUGGAAACCCAAUUCUAUUUAUCUAGCCCACCUGGCUUUGGCGGACGCGCUCGUCCUUUUUUGCCUUCCUUUUAGGGCUGACUACUACCGCAGAGGCAAGGACUGGGUGUACGGAGACGCUUUCUGUCGUAUUUUGCUGUUUCUCUUGGCCGCCAACAGGGCUGCUGGCAUAUUCUUCCUUACUGCUGUCGCCGUGGACCGUUAUCUGAAGAUCGUCCACCCUCUCAACAGCAUCAAUCGAAUGGGUCUGCGUUACGCCUCGUGGGUCUCUAUUGCCCUGUGGGGUCUUAUCAUAGCCAUGAGCGUCUACCUGUUAAUGGACCCACAUUUUUAUUUUCAGGGCAACAGCACCCAGUGUGAAAGUUUCAAUGUCUGCUUUGGGAAUAAUGUACGAUUCAACUGGCACAAUGCAUUUUACGUUAUUCAAUUCUUUGUGCCAACGUGCAUCGUUUCCUACUGCACAACCUGCAUUACGUGGCAGUUGAAGAAUAAGACAUUGGACAGACGGGGUAAAAUCAAGAGGGCCGUCCAGUUUAUUUUAGCAGUGGCUUUGGUUUUCAUCAUAUGUUUCUUUCCCAGCAACAUUGCACGUAUUGCCAUGUUCAUCCUGAAGCUCUGGUAUAGCGAAUGCCAAGAUUUCCGUGAAGUGAACGAGGCUUUUAAAACCUCUGUCUGCUUCACGUACUUCAACAGCGUUCUCAAUCCCAUAGUUUACUACUUUUCCAGCCCUGCACACAGUGAAACUUUCAAGAAAUUAUAUUUGAAACUUCAAGGAAAGACGACAGAAGACGACGAGGAUGAGAUGAACAAUAAUAGUCCUCUUACAAUAUCAUUUACUGCCUCUUUGAAAACUUAACCAGUGAACACCACCUUAUUUGUGAACACCACCUUACAUGGUAAAAAAUACUUUGCUGCCUUAAAAAUAUUUGUUGAAUCAACUUGGAUUAACUAGUCAUUUCAACUUACUAUUAUUUAUCUUGACUAGAGAUGAGUUGUUAUAAGUACAGGUGAGUUUAAGUUGACAUUUCUCAACUAUAUUUUAUAAGUUGUGACAACUCAUCUCUGUUGACAUAACUUGUAAAUCUGAGUUAAUUUAACAAAAAAUUUUAAGGCAGCAAAGUAUUUUUUACAGUGUAGUAAAAAAGUUAAAUAACAGCAACAGAAUUCUGAAAAUAAAGCAUUUUUUUCUGUAUAUAGCAAGGUUUUUAUUUAAAGUGAUUUUAAUCAUUAAUUCCAUGUUUUGUCUAUUUCAUAUUACUGCUAUUUAAUGCUCUACUGUAUAAAUACUGUCAGUGUAUUGUGUUGAUUUUGCAAUGCAGUAAAUACAUUAAUCUCAUAUAGACCAUCACUAAAUUUUAUUCUUAUUUAUUUAACUUCAUUCUCAUACUUAUUUCAUUUCUAUUAUAUUGGUACAUGUUCUAAUAUGCACAGUUGGAGCUGAUCUGCGGAAAAAAAGUACACUGCCUUCGCUUUACAUGUAUGUGUAUGAGUAAAUAAAAGACUGAAGGUAAAUGUGUCGUA